AUGUUGGCACUACUCAGACCUAGAAUUUUUGGUGGGGAUUUCAAAAGAACCAUCCUGACAAAACCAAACAUUGCCAGCUCGUUGCUUAGAUCUCCCUCUCUUCAGCGUUCACAUAUACAGGUUGGAGACAAGGCUGAACUUACUAAAGCCUUCACACAGAAAGAUGUUGUUAGUUUUGCUGACUUAACUGGGGACACAAACCCACUGCAUUUGAAUGAAGACUAUGCAAAGAGAACUAGGUUUGGGAGAACAAUUGUACAUGGAGUUUUGAUCAACGGACUUAUUUCUGCAGUUAUAGGUACUAAAAUGCCUGGCUAUGGUUGUGUGUUUCUUUCUCAGGAAAUUCACUUCCCAGCUCCCUUGUACAUUGGAGAAGAAGUCUUAGCUGCAGCAGAAGUGACGAGACUGAAAAGAUCUGUUGCAUACAUUUCAGUAUCAUGUACUGUUAGGGAAAGUGAAAAGAUUGUUAUGGAAGGGAUAGUGAAAGUCAUGGUGUCAGAAGGUCAGCGCUCGUGACUGCAUGGUGCUUUAUUCUUUAGUAAAAUUCAGAAAUAUGUGGGGGGUUCACAUGUGUGAUACCUCAAACCUUGGUAAGAGGAAGCCUGCAGAAACACUUUGAAGGACACAGCUUGCUGUCAAUUUUGAGAGCUACUGUGCCUUGUAGGUGAGAGAUGUAAAACAUCACUUUUGAUGGCUUGUAAGGACACACGAAGAUCAGUAUGAUCCAUACUUACCUUACAUCUAUUACCAUCGUGUGCAACCAAGCCUAUUCUGUUUCCUAGCUCAACUGUCUGUCACCAAAAUAAACACCAUUGUUUACUGGA